CACGUACACACACACACACACACGUAUACGCAUCGAGUGGGUACUAGGCCAGAGUGGGAGCAGGGCACCUAAUAUAUCUAUACAUCACACGAACGAGUGUGCGUAUCCAGUCAGCGAGAGAACGGUAGGACGUUUCGUGCGUGUGUGUGUGUUUGUGUGUGUUGAUGCACGAGAGAGUGAGCGAGAGAGAUAAGAGCACACGUAGACAGAGAUGCGUAGAGAUGUUAAAAGGUACGAAAAGUGGAUGCAGAGUUGAUAAAAGUUAGCGAGUAACCGGGCGCGACUGUCAGUAGAGCUUUAUCCGUCCGCGCUCCAAUAUACGGACAAUACAAAGUACGAGUAACGAGUUGCGAGUGGCCCAUAGUGCGCGCAAUAAUAACGUUCCGACGCCGAGGAAUGUUUGAACGUUGAGGCGCGGAACAUGGCGAGCGACAAGAGCAAAAAGAACCGCAAAAAGUCGCAGCGCAUCUGAUACGCGCGUCCAACGGAAGCUCGGAAAAAGCUCCAAGCAUCAGCAGCAGCAGCAGCAGCGAGGAAAAAUUCUCAACUCCGUGGCCCAUGGUAAAUGGGUAAAAGGAGAGCCGAGUCUCGAGAGUCCAAAGCUGUCAAAGAGAAGGAAAACUACGAAAAUAAGCGAGCGGAAAGAAGCAAGUGCGCCGAGGACGCGGCGGGCCAAGGCGAAGAGGCCGAAGAAAAGGAGGAAGAAGGAGGAGAAGGAAGAGAGCUGAAGAGGAUGGUCGAGCUGCAGAGCGCCUCGAGCGUCGUGGCCGAGGUGGCGGUGGCCGGUGCGGGCUCCUCGAGCGGCCGACUGAGGCUGCACUACUCGAUCCUGAGCCUCCUCGACACGCUGUUCUCGGCCGGCAUAGCCGGGCCGGCGGUCGUGGGCUACUGGCGCGGCACCUGGGGCCUCAGCGGCUACUACAUCUACCCGGACAACCAGCCGCUCAGCAGCCUGGCCUCGAUCCUCAUCGGCAUCUGCGGCCUCUUCGGCUUCGACCUGGCCCAGCACGUGUUCCAGGAGUUCCUGCACCCGGACAAGCACCGGCUGCUCUUCUACCUGGGCUCGCGCCUCUACACCUACGUGUUCGGCCUGUGCUGCGUGAACGCCUGGCGCGGCACUUGGCAGGCGCUCGACCUCUACACGGAGCACACCUUCGGCACCGUCUUCACGGCGACGGCCCUGAGCGCGGCCGCUCUCGCCGUCAUGAAGACUCUGAGGAACAUCUCGGCGCCGCCGUUCGCCGUGAGCCUCGACACCUUCGCCGGUUACUUCGACGUGCCGACGCUCUUUCGCGUCAACAACUCGAGGGACUGGUCACUGUACAUGCUGGACUGCGCCUUCAGCGUCGGCGUGAUCGGCACACUGGUCGUGUUCGUCUGGCGAGGCGCCUGGGUCCUGUUCGACCUCUACCUCUACCCGGACAAUCGCGAGCACUCGGCCCUCGGCUCGCUCGUGCUGGGCUACGGCAUAGUCGUGCUGACGUUCGGUCUGCAGCCGGCGAUGCGAUACGUCUGCGGCAAGCUGCAGGGCCUGGGCCGGCUGGCCGCCGCGGACGCCUUCCUGCUGCUGAGCUUCGUCGGCACGGUGAACGUGUGGCGCGGCAUCUGGAACGUGCUCGACCUGUGGCUGCUGCCCGAGGACCCCAAGCUAUCCUGCUGGAUCACGCAUCUCGGCUGCUUCGUCUUCCUCGUGCUGCUCAACUGCAGCAACUCGGUCCUCGUUCGGGGCGUCUACAUCGACGCCGAGGAGGAGGCCGGCAAGUGCGUCGUCUUUCCCUGCCACUACCUUCGCACCUUCUUCAAGCUCGAACGGGACAAGAAGCUAGCUGCAGUCAAGCGCAAGAAUUUGAUCGUGACCUCGAGGGACCCGAGCGACCCGAGCCCUCUCAAGGAUAAAGAUAUCGAAAACGGAGUUCUGCUCAACACUGGCAUCUCCGUUACCAUCGUUUCUUCGACCAACGUCGACCCGGCGACCAUGUCUUAAACGAGAAGGAUGAAUAAAACGACCAUUGCUCGAUUUACUGCAUUUUCUCGAUCAACUCAACGAUAAAAACAGCUACUAAAUAAUACCGAUAAUCACGUAAGGACCAAAAACCAGCUUCUUAUCUAUGCGUACGUUGAAAUAUCAACGAACGCUUAAAAGAACGUUUUAUAAUUUGGCUAUGAAUGCGCUUAUUAAAGAGCAAAGUGCGCGCAAUCAAAGUGAUACGUACGCCUAUAUUGAGUGCACGUGCAUUACGCGUCUAUCCAAGACAUGUUCGACGCGGUACAUUGCACUAUUUUAAAAUUGCCUAUACGCCUAUAUAAAUAAUAAUAUAUAAUACUUAAAUUACGUUGAGAAAGUGCUUAUUACAUAGAGAAAGAUUGAGAAUAUGCGAAAAUGAAAAGUAGCUGAAACGAACGAGAGCCUCCCGAACUGUCAUAUAAAACAAAAAAGUGAUGAAUAAGUUUAAACAAAAUAUUAAUAGUGCUGUGCUGUGGAUGAAAUAAUUAUUCUGCGCUCAUCGAUGGACGAAUGGAUAACUCGUAUGUACGCAUGAUCUAUAUAAUUACAUAUUUCAUUUAUGAGUUAUAAUAAAUACUUUGUAUAGCUUUAAUUAUGUACGAGUAAUCGCAUUUGUCGUGAAAAACGAGCAACACUUUUUUUUCUUGUACCACAAACUCGUCGAUGGGAAAAGAUCACGCGUCGCGGAUAUCAUUACGAUGGCUGUGAAAACGGAGAUGACUCUACCAAUAAUGAUAUAGUUUAACGUGAGCGAGCUAUAAAAAUUUUUGCCAAAGUUACGAAAAAAUGCCAAACAAUCGUCACUUUUUUUUCUUCGCGUAUUAUGUUAAAAAUUAUUUUUUUAAAGGUAAAUACGCGAAAAAGUCGAUUAAAGUUUUGAAAAGUUCAACGUGCUCGACCAAUGAUAAUGAAUAAAGAAAAAAAGAGACGUUAUCUCUCUCCACGCAGAGAAUAAAUAUCAUUACUAGGUAGGAAGCUCUCAAAGAAAAAUAACACGAAUAUUAUACCUGUAAGUACGAUUUGAAAAGUCAAAACUACGAGUGUCUUUGCUUGCCUGAUGAAUGAAAUAAUAACAACAACAACAUCAAUAAUAAUAAUAAUAAUAAUAAUAAUAAUAAUAAUAACAAUUAUAAUAAUAACAAUGAUGAUGAUAAUAACAGUAAUAAUAAUAAUAACAACUUUGACUUGGCAGAAGAUCGAGCUUCUGUGCUCCUCAGCGAAUUUAUUUGACUGUAUUACCGAUUACUUUUCAUGCCUGUGAGUGCAAGUCUGAGUAUGACGCUUGUUGAAAAUAUUGAAUGUUUUAGCUCGUCGUCUGUGUGCACGUAUAAAUCAAAGAAAAUUAUGUAACUAGCCUACCUAAGGAAGUAUGAGUAUGUUUGCAAGAGAACCAAAAGAUGUCGAUAUUCAUUAUUACUUUUGCCAAUGACAUUAGUCUGAGUGUGUAUGAAUGUAUACACAAUAAACGAUAAAGAAAUAUCUCUUAA